AUGGUUUACACUGUGUGUGUGAGAGGACAUGGCAAUACUACAAGCACUGCUACAUCCGAUACUACAAGCACUACUACAUCCAAUACUACAAGCACUACUACCUCCGAUACUACAAGAUCUGCUACAUCCGAUACUACAAGCACUGCUACAUCCGAUACUACAAGAACUGCUACAUCCGAUACUACAAGAACUGCUACAUCCGAUACUACAAGAACUGCUACAUCCGACACUACAAGCACUGCUACAUCCAAUACGACAAGCAAUGCCACGUCCGAUACUACAAGCACUGCUACAUCCGAUACAACAAGCACUGCCACAUCCGAUACUUCAAGCACUGCCACAUCCGAUACUACAAGCACUGCCACAUCCGAUACUACAAGCACUGCUACAUCCAAUACGACAAGCAAUGCUACAUCCAUACUACAAGCACUUACAAGAACUGCUACAUCCGAUACUACAAGCACUGCUACAUCCGAUACUUCAAUCACUGCCACAUCCGACACUACAAGCUCUGCCACAUCCGAUACUACAAGCACUGCCACAUCCGAUACUUCAAGCACUGCCACAUCCGACACUACAAGCACUGCCACAUCCGAUACUACAAGCACUGCUAUAUCCGAUACUACAAGCACUGCCACAUCCGACACUACAAGCACUGCCACAUCCGACACUACAAGCACUGCUACUUCCGAUACUACAAGCACUGCCACAUCCGACACUACAAGCACUGCCACAUCCGAUACUACAAGCACUGCUACUUCCGAUACUACAAGCACUGCUACACCCGAUACUACAAGCACUGCUACAUCCGAUACUACACAUAAGCCUGUCCAUAUCACGUCAACAUGCUAUGACAACACAAAACAGCGUCGUCUCACCAAGGCGAGAUGCGAAGCAUUUGCAAUGGACAAGACGAGAAGGAUCAUGUUCUACUUGUCUCGCCAAAAGCUGAACGCAUUUGAAAUUGGACAGAAGGACCCUCCCCGGGUUCUCAUAAAUAUCAAGAAGGAGGUUCAUGAUAUAGUUGUGGAUCACGUCAUGAAACAACUCCACUGGAACCCUGAUGGUGGCAGUGUGAUCUACUCCAAGACGUACCCUGUGUCUCCACUAGGAGGAAGUGGAAAGGCUGCUGAGAGUUGCCGGAAGGUCAGGGCGUCGUGA